CCUCCGUCACGUGACGCUAGUUGCUACCGAAGCUGAGCUGCGUUCAUUUUUAUUGAAAAUGUCCGACUCGGAGGACGCUACAAUGACCAUUCCCUGCGUAGUUGUCACAAGCAGUGACGGCACCUUUAAAGAGGAAGAAAUGAUAAAGCAAAUUCUCGGUUCGCAAACGUUGCCAGAAGCGACCAAACGUGAACAAGCAGUAGUAUGGUACCCGUGGACCAUCAAUAACAAGUAUUACACAGCAGAUGUCCGGCUAUGUGUCGUUCCCAGCACUUUUCAAAUGUCAGCAGAGAUUGCACAGUCCAUGCAGGCUUUCAUUGCUUAUUUUGAUAGUACACAGAAGGAUGGUCUGGAAAAGCUUCGUCCGUGGAUCUCUGUGGUAGAGGACAUCGCUCCAGAGGUGCUCAUUCUAGUGUGUGACAGAGUUUGUGAUGACGGUGUAAGCAGACGUGAAGCGCAGCAGUGGUGUUUGUCGCACAGCUUUGAGCUGGUGGAGCUUAAUCCUCUGGAGUUGCCUGAUGAAGAUGAUGACUUUCCAGAAUCCACAGGGGUAAAAAGAAUUGUGCAAGCUCUCAAUGCAAAUGUAUGGACCAGUGUGGAGAUGAAGGAUGGGAAUAGUCAGAGCUUUGGAUUCAUGAGUAGUUUGGUGGCUGCACGACACAACAACCCUCGCAGCUGUCAAGAGCCACAAUCUUCUAGUCUGACAGCAGAGGGCACACUUGUUAACGAAGUGGAUUGUCAGACACGGAGAACCAGCUCACAGGAGAACGUGGCUGUUGAUGCAAUGACCAAUCUGGAUAUUCAGGAGCUUGCAAAUCUCACAGCUGGUGAUGCAGAUGUGGAUAACUUUGAACGCCUCUUCACCAAAUUAAAAGAGAUGAAAGACAAAGCUUCAUCAUUACCUCAUGAGCAAAGAAAAGUUCAUGCAGAGAAGGUUGCAAAAGCAUUUUGGAUGGCAAUUGGUGGUGAUAAUGAUGAGAUAGACGGCUUAUCAUCAGGUGAGGAAAGCUAACAGAAGUGAGCUGUGACCCCAUCAACGUAUCCUAUACCUUUGCUGGCUCUUGCGCCAGCUCCAGAGCUCCCUCAAAUGGCUCUUGCGUGGGGAAAGUGGACUUUCUCAUGGACGAACUGUAGACAGGUUUGCCUCCUUCAAAAUGGUAGUACUGGUUUUAAUGAGGUAAUAAACGGCUUGGACUCUGCAGUUGUCCAUAGUGACAUUCAACCAAAAAAAAAAAUAAAAAAAUAUGAAGGUACAAUAUUAUUUAUGAAUUUAUCCCUGGCCUGCAAUUUUCCAAUGUGUUUGGAAGUGACAAGUGUGCCUUAUUGUAAAGAACUACAGUAAACCCAAUUGAAAAAAAUUCCGCCAGCUUUCGUUAGCCAACUAACUGCUCGCCACUUGCGCGGCCACCCAACAAGCAUCUGGCGACGUACAUACAGUAAAGGCUUAAAAUCCCAAAAAGGUAGGAGAACAACUUGAAAAUUGCAAGAACAGCCAAGUCAAAAGAUUCCACCCGGUGGUGGCAAAAAGUUGGUGGUUGUUUAAGAUUUAAUAAAUGUAUGUUUUUUUUUUCUCUUUUUUUUCAUAAAUAAAAUGUAUAGGAAAUGAUGUAAGCAAUUACCUGGGAUGUCCUACUUAAGAUAUUAAGUAAACAGCAAGUCAAGAAGAUAUGCACAUUUAAAAUAUAGCAAAGUUUGGGCACAUCUGGUUUUGUUCCCUAAUAAGACCUUGUAUACAAAUAAGUAAUGAACAUUCUGUCAAGUCACAAAAGAUGAACUGUCAAACAUAAUGAAUAGUCUGUGAUGUCACCAUAAAGACUUUUUGUUUUUAGUAUUUGUAAAUGGCUCUUUUCUUUUGCAAUACUGUAAAAAUGGCUGUUGCACUGUGAGUGACUGUUAAAGAUGUCACAUGCAAAUAAAGAACAAUAAAAUUAAAAUGCAUAAAUUUGAAUCUAUUU